AGACUGUCUCUGAGAAUAGAGGUGAUCAUACCAAAUUCCCAUUUUCCAGCUUGCCAGUGUAGAACAAAGCCCUUUAGUUCAAACAUCCCGUUAAACACAUCCUCAGUCUAAAACAUAUUUGAGCUGAAAGGCAGAAGGUGAGCCACUGCCUAACAAGCAAAUACACAAUGCUUCUUACUUCCGCCCAUUUGUCCACUUUUUGACACAAAUCAAACAAAUAUAAUCCUCCGUUUGACUCUGAGACCAGCGCAUACAUUUCUAUCUGUGAAGUAUCACGUCGGACAAAAGGCGUUGGGAAACCACAACCCCUGGACACAGUGUACCCAGGGCGAGCACGGUGCAAAGUAAACACAGAGAUACAGCACCUAACGGAACGUUACCAUGGCAGGGCAAUGUAUGGAGGGGUAUAAAAACACCGAAAGCCAAUGAAUGCAUCUAACUCACGGGCAGAGAUCGAAGCAGGCAUAACAAAAAGGCAGCGGUGCUAUACGGAACAAUGAAGCUGUUGGUCUUGGUUUUAUCCGCCGUCCUGCUGUUUACAGCUGGCGAGGCCCUGAACUGCCACCGCUGCGUCCCCAAACGGGCCGGAGAAGACUGCGCGCUGAGCGUAGAGACCUGCAAACCAGGGAAGGACGCCUGUGCUGCAGCCCAGUUCCUCAGAGAGCCACGUGGCCAUUAUCAGAAAUGCAUGGCUUUGUCCGACUGCAAAAUGCUGAAGAUGAAUGCUUACAUUGACAUGAAAUGUUGUACCGAGGACAUGUGCAACACCUUAUAAGAUGCCAAGCCAAAAAUACGGGAAAGUGUUUCCCCUGAAGGCCCCUUCAGCAGAAUGCAGCUGCAGGCAGCUUCCAGGUGCGAAACACAAAAUCUGGUAUUUUUAGAGAAACGUACUGUGUAAUCCCAACUCCUCGAUGAUUAAAGACAUAAAAAAAGAAAA